GAAUAAACACGAAACAGAGAAAAUGGAGAAAGCCGCGAGCAGCGAGGCAGAGGCGCGUUCUGUUCACAAUGAGAUCGACGUUGGCUCGGAAUCGACGCAGAUCAAUUCUUUCAUCAAGCAGUACGUAACGCUGAAACAGUCGCUCGAGAGAUCCAACAGGAAGGUGCGACGCUGGGAAAGCGAAACGUGCAGGUUGCUUAACAGCAAUCGCAACAUUGAGAUUAAACUCGACAAGCUGAUGCAAAACGUGUCUGACACGAACGCGAACAUAUCGGCGAACGUGAGAGAUCAGAGCGCUAAGAAGCAAGAGUUGAGAAACUUUCAGAGCGCGCGAGCUGAUCUGUCUCAUAAACAGUGGAACAACAACUUGACGGAAAUAGGAAAUUACGCAAAUGAUUUUUCUCAGUGGAUAACGGAAUACUCUAGAAACGUUUUGACGAGGGACAUCGAGAGUCACAACGAAGAAUGCAAACGAGUUAGCAAAGAACUCGAACUUUUGAAGGACGAGUUGAACGAUAUGAGAAAUGAAGUCGAUGCGGAUUGCAUCCAAGCUAAUGUAGACAUUGGCGAUUUACCGAAUAUCACUAAUAUAAUGUCCACUAUCAAAAUGGUCAACAACAAUCUAAUGCACUCCAUCAGACUGGCGGAGGACAUGCUAAACAAGAUAGACAACAAGAUAAGGCAGAGCAACGCCGCAAUUAAAGAAUAUAAAGAAAAAGAGAAGACUGACAUCUUUUAAAAAAACUUUGUGUUUUUUUUAUUCUUUUUUUAAUAAGCCAGAGAUUUGAAAGAAAUCACAAAUACGAUCUAAAAUUGUUAGUUUUUAUAAUAUAUGUAUAAUUAUUAAUGAAUAAUUGUUGUAUAUAUACACUUUUCCCUUGAAGAAAUUUAUUGCUGAUGUGAUCAAAAUGAUGUUUAUUUUUUGAACAAACAUUUGUGUGAAAACACACUGCUCAACAAUGAUUUUACUAAUAAAUUUGAGGUCAGUAA